AUGGAUUAUUUCAAAAACCUAAAGAGUAAAAUCAUCACACCUCAAAAAGCACAACUUACUCAUGCUGAACAGCUUGCAAAAUUUCGUAACUCCUGGCAAGAUAUUAUAACAUAUUUUGAGCAAGAUGAAAAAAAAGCCCAGUCUUUACCUGCUCAUGUUCAACAAACAGAUAUUCCACGGCACCUUAAAGAAAUGAUUGGAAUUUUAGUUGAAGAGGAUUUGCAUCUUGAAGAAGUUAAUACUGGACUUUGUAUGGAGGAGUUUUUAAGGAAUAAUGUUCUCAAAGAAUUAGCAGAGUUAGCUAAAGAAGAUGUUCCACAAGGGAUCCGUGGUGAAAUUAUUCGUGCAGUCAGAGAAUUAAUUGAUCUUUUAGAUGAUCGAUUUUUAGUUCAUAAUUCUGUCCAUCAACCUACUGUUACUUUGCUUCGUACAUGUGUUCAGGAUGAACAACAAAGAGAAAUGUACGAUGAAGAUUUAGUAGAUUUAAUGUAUAUAAUUUGUUCCAAAAUUCAUGGAUUUCCAGCUCUUUUAAAUAUAUUUUUUCAUGAUACACACUGGCUGACUACUCCUCGAAAAUACAAUAAAAAGGAAUUAGAUUUUCCUUCAAAUAUCAAUCAAGAAGUAAAUAUUGAUGAUGGUGCCUCUAUGACAAGCAAUCCAACAAUUGCUCCCACAAAAACUACAGAAUUUACUGAGGAGACUGAAAAGCCUGAAUAUGAAUUUUUUCUUUUUGCCUAUUUGUUAAAGUUUGUACAUAGAGAGGGUAAAUGUGGUGAUUUUGCUAGGACUGGCUUAUUAUUUAUAAUGGAGCUUGCUGAAGGUCAGCUGGGUGAUUACAUUUUAGAAAGUGAUUUUGCAAAUAUUAUGGCAGCUGGACUGGGUGCACUUUAUUCACAGUUGCCUAGAAAAUUAAUGGUAAAGGGUUCAAGUGGUGGUUUAACUAAUGGCACUUUACUUGGAUUUGGUGAUAAUACUAGUGCUGAACUUGAAAGAUUACGUUCCGGUGGUAUUGAGGUUUCUUCUUCUCAAGUAUUUAAGGGUCAACUUGAUUCAUUUUUAAAAUUAUUAGAAUUUUGUCAGGAUGUUUUAGAAAGAUGCCUGAAUUCAGAUAUUUCAUUGGCAUUGCUUCAAAAUAUCAAAACUCACUUUUUAGAAAAUAUUUUAUAUCCAUCUAUUUUAGAAUGUUCUGAUACUGAUGGUUCAUCUGUUGCUGUUAUUUCUUAUAUUGAUAUAAUUUUACAAACUUUAGAGAAAGAGGAAUUAAUUAAUGUGGUUGUAGGCUUCUUGAUGGAUUCUGAUAGUGACGAUGAGACCUUUUGGAAACAAACAGCUGCAAAUAGCAAAAUGGCAAGACGUCAAAGCACGAUUAAUCUUUUUGCAGGAAUUGAGGCGAACCCCAACACAUCAUCCCCUUAUUUUACAGCAGUAGGACGAUUUACACUUCAAGAUCUUAUAUUAUCACGUUUACGAUCAUCUUCACAAUCAACUGUCAUUGCUGCUCUUAAACUUCUUCACACUGUAAUUUCAAAACAUUGUAGAUAUUCUUUAAAACUAUUAAACAUUGAGUUGGAUGAAAAUGCAACAUGUUUUCCUAGACCAAAUUAUUUGAUGGAGGUUACUUAUAAUGAUGAUAUAAACUCUUUAAAUGGGCAUGUACCAACACCUAAACUUACAACUAUAAGUCACCAUUUGAGAGAAUUAGAUCUUUUUUAUUCAUUAAUUUCAGCAAUUGAUCCAAGUCAAAGCAUUGAAACAUUUAUAAAUGGGUAUGAUUUAUAUGUACGUGAUGCAGAAGCAAAUAUAGAAGCAGAUUUGUGUUAUCGUAGUGGACAAGAUUUAGAAUGGACAGAAGAUGGACCAGCUUAUCCUAAAACCAAUAACAGGAAAGGUUAUCUAUCUUCUUGUAGCCAAGUAAACAGCUCAAAAAAACAUAAUCAUACGGAAACCCUUCAUGUGCUAAAACAUAGACUGAAUCCUACAGAUCGUUUAAAACCUGGUGAUUCACUUUUACAAAUCCUUAUUGGUACUCUUUCUAAUUUUUUUGCCCAUUCGCCCGAAUUAAACCUUACUUUGACUGGUGUAAUUUCAGCGCUUGCCAUAUGCCCAUAUAGAUCAUUAGAAGGUUGGUUGGUAUUUAGUGGCGCUGAUAGAUUAGAUAAUCGGAAUGAUUCUUCGACCAAAGAUUUUGAAAGUCUUCAACACGAGGCCAGAAAUCUUGAACUUUCGCUUGGUAUUAUUGCAAGUAAUAAUGAACAUCUUGGAUCUGAGAAUAGCCCAAAUGAUGAAUUUGAUGAAUCAGAUGAUCGUUCAAUAGAUCAUGAUGUUGAGAAAAGUGCAUCAGCAAAUAAUGCUAUUGGAUCAGUAACAAUGUGGGUUAACUUUCCACCAUUCUUUACAAUUUUUAAAACCUUAACACAACAAGUUGAUUAUUAUCGUAGCGAAAUAGAAAAUUUUGAUCAAUAUCUUGAUGAGAGGAGAAGAGGUUUACUAGACACAGAAGAUGAAAUUGAAGAAAAUUUCUUUAGUCAACAAAAAACAAACUUCACAUCCCGUAGUAGGAGAAAUAGUAAUAGUGCCCAUUCUUCAUCUGCAGGAAAUUUGCCUAGAAAACCUUCUAGUAAAGAUCUUAGUAGGAGUAACUCUUUGUCAACUUCAACACCAAAAAAGAUUCCAAAAAGGGCCAGUUCACUUUCACGUAAAGAUUCGCUAUCAUCCUCUCCUAUUAAUUCACCAUUAUCAUCAUUUAAAUCCUCACAAUUUUCAUCUAAUCUAAUCACACCGCUUUCAACGCAUUUUCAUGAGACUGAAAAUAUUAAAAUUCAACCACUUUUCCCUGCUCAUUUUGUUAAUGAAGACGAGGAAGACGACCCGGUUGAUCUUGGUGAAGACGAAGAUGAUGAUGAAUUAUUUACGCUUCUUAACAAUGUAGUUAUUUUGGAAGAGGCAAUAAAAGAAUUAGUAGCCAUAAUACAGGUUAGAAGGAGUUUGGGUAUUGAUGAAGUUAGAUAUUUGUAA